AACUAGGUUAGGUUACUAGGUUAGGUAUUCACUUCAAGUUUUUUUCUUCACUUUUUUCUAGGUCAGCUCACUGUAACUACUCCUAGCUGCACAUUGCACAAGCACGUGGGCUCAUUGGUAUUGUACAAUACAAUUAACUAUGGAUUGUAUGCAAUUACUCCAGGGCUAUCUAUCAUACUACAGCAGGAACUACACAGAGAGGAGCUAGGUAAUCCGGCCACCCCCUGGCCAGACUAGUCCGUGCCCCGCUGGUAUCAAAAUCUGUGACGAAAGAAUUGCAGAUCGUUUUUGGUACUGUGCAACAAUCCGAAACAGAAAAAGUUACUAAAUCUCUCUUCGGUUGUAGUUAGUUAUUUGUUUCUUUUCUUUACAAACCAUUUAACCUCCUUGAAUAUACCUAUCCUUUACCGCGUUCUCACGAUUCUUGGAUUGGAGCUUUGAAUUGGUAUUGGAAUAAUAUAUCAUAUUUAGUUUUUAUCAAUUGGCUGACAAUUGGAAACACCUCUCCCCUUUUACCUGCGCGUAUUAUUCUCUAAAAAGGGAAAACAAAAAAGAGGAAGAAAAAAGGAAACAAGAAAAGAUGCGCUUCGGCAAGACUCUCCGCGAGUCCACCUACGCACCAUGGAAGGACCAGUACAUAGACUACUCGAAGCUGAAGGUGAUGCUGCGGGAGGACCGCAAGGAAGACGAGGAUGUGCCGUGGACGGAGGAGGACGAGAACAAGUUCUGCGACGAGGUGUUCAACGUGCAGCUGGAGAAGGUGGCCCAGUUCCAGGAGAAGACGGUGAGCGGCCUGAAGGAGCGCGCCGAGGCCGCCUUCGAGACGCUCAAGGAGAUGGCGCCCUCCUCCGAUGACAAGCCCAAGAGCGACAUCACGACCUCCCGUCUGAAGGAGCUCAAGGCCGAGCUCGACUCCAUCACCAACGAGGUCAAGGAGCUGAAGAAGUACAGCAGCGCCAAUUACACGGGCUUCCUCAAGAUUGCUAAGAAGCACGAUCGCAAGCGUGGUGACCGCUACAAGGUCCGCCCCAUGAUGCGCGUGAGCCUGUCGGAGCGCGGCUUCAACUCGGAGCAAGUUUAUUCACCGCUGCUCACGAAGCUGUCUCUUAUGUACUAUGCCAUCAACCAGAACCUGGACGAGAGUGAACAGCAGCAGCCAAUGGAUCUAGGGUUGGAUAACCAGCAAGAAGUGCACAAUGGAGAACGAUACACCGCUCAUAAAUUUUGGAUACACGCCGACAACCUCCUCGAAGUUAAGACCGCUAUCUUACGGCAUUUGCCUUCUCUCGUCUACACACAGCAGGCUGGGCAAGAGCCCGGCGGCAACGAAGACCCCAAAAUCACAUCGCUUUACUUCGACAACUCGAAGUUCGAGCUAUACGGACGGAAAGUAGACCGUCACGUCGACGCCUCAUCCUUGCGCUUGCGUUGGUACGGUCACUUGGAUUCGAAGCCGGAUAUCGUUCUUGAGCAGAAGAUAGUACACGAGAAUGGCCUCAGCGAGGAGAAGAAAUUUCAUAUCAAGGACAAAUAUAUCAAGCAAUUCAUCGACGGAGAAUACAAUAUGGAGAAGACGGUGCAAAAGAUGGAAAGGCAGGGCCAGACAGCCGAGGCGAUUGAGUCCUUCAAGACGACAGUAGGAGAUCUCCAGGGUUUUAUUACCGAGCGCAAGUUGGGGCCCGUCAUUCGGGCAAACUACACCCGCACGGCGUUCCAAAAGCCCUCGGAUGAUCGUGUGCGAAUCUCGAUUGACACUGAUAUCGCCUUCAUCCGCGAGGACACAUUAGACCGUGAUCGACCAUGCCGUGACCCCCAAGAGUGGCACCGGCGGGAUAUCGACAGCGGCAAUAUGUCUUAUCCAUUUAAGAACAUCAACCAGAGCGAGGUGUCAAGGUUCCCGUUCGCACUUCUCGAGAUCAAGCUGAAGGAGGAAGGUGGACGCAAGCGGCCAGGAUGGAUAGAAGACUUAAUGGUCUCGCAUCUUGUUCACUCAGCUCCAAGGUUCUCAAAAUUUGUGCAUGGUGUCGCGUCUCUCUUCGAGGACUACGUCAACCAGCUACCGCUGUGGCUCAGUGAUCUCGAAACCGAUAUCCGGAAAGACCCGCAGAUGGCACAUGAUGCAGAGGAGCAGCGGAAAGCCCAACAGGCGGAAGACGCGAUGGUUGUAGGCAGCUUCUUAGGUGGCGGCGCAGCUGCUAAAAUGGGCUCCUAUAAACCAGCGACGAGCUCACCAGUAGGAAAAUCUUAUUUGUCGGAGCGAGCUGCUAGAGACGCCAUGGCUUCGUUGCCCCCAACCGCAGUAACCCACCGUGAUGAAGACGGCGAACCAGGCGAGGAGGAUGGCUCUUCCCGACAGAGGGGUUACGGAACCCUCUCUUCUGUUUUCCCUGGCUUUUCGUUAUCGAAAUACUCUCGUGCAAAGCGCCAGCGGGCACAACUUCCAGAAGGUGUAACCAAGCCUGAAGUCUGGCUGAAAAACGCGGGCCCGUUGCAGGUUGAGCCUAAAGUGUGGCUCGCCAACGAGCGAACAUUCCUCAAAUGGCAACACAUCUGCAUUCUCUUAGGCAGCCUGGCCAUCAGUUUAUACACAGCAGCGGGAGAGAACUUUGUAGCCGAGUGCAUGGGCAUCGCCUAUAUAUUGAUAGCGGUUAUGGCCGGCGGAUGGGGAUACAUGAUGCUCCACAAACGCCGGGAUAUGAUCGUGGAGCGUAGUGGGAAGGAUUUCGAUAACAUGAUUGGGCCGUUGGCUAUUAGUGCUGCUUUGAUGCUGGCCUUGAUAUUGAACUUUGUGUUUUCGUUCCGGGCCGCGUUUGCAAGGCUGGAGGGCAACGAAUUGUUCAACGAAACUGAAGCCAUGUUCGGUGGCGAACUGAUCUAAGAUAUGAUAGGGACAGCCAACAGAGUGAAAAUGUGCAAGAAAUCUGUUUGCUCCCUAUUGCGUGUAUAGUUUGUUAUGUACUUUAUGUACUGCUUAAAUAUUGUAUGAUUGUAGUGUAUGUACUGAGAAUUUGAAUCAAAACGAGUCUAUGUAAAAUAGUAACAAGAACUUGAAGUUUCAUGCGAAUUGGUUAUGAAUAGUUACAUACUAAUACGUAGUUACUAUGUAAAUGGAUCAUGG